UGGCUCAGUUGUUUUCUUCAUUCCAGGGUCAGACAUUCCUACAGCCUUAUGCGCUCCGUGCACCUGGGCUAGGGAAUGUCGCACACCCUGGUUUUCGCCUACGGGGACAAACGAGUCAUCUCUAGAGGCUCCGGGGCGGAGGCCGUUCGCUCCAUCAAGAACCUGGAAGCAUUCUUUCAGGAUGCCGAAGAGAAGCUUGGUUUGCCUCCAGGCUCCUAUGACUUCUACGAUACCUUCGGAAAGAUUUCUAGCCCAGCGGACUUGCAGCGAGCAUUGACCAAUGCGGGCUCGGAGGAGUGCAUCAUUGAGGUGCGGGAGCAUUUGCACUUCAUUCGCAUUCGUGGGCUGGAGGCUGAAAACGCCAGCUUGACAGCACGGCUUGAUGCCCUGGAGAUUGCACUCCGAGAAGCUGAGCGUCGUAGCGACAUGAAGCUGGAGGUAGCUUCAGAAGAGCUGGCCAAGAUGAUCAAGAAGUGCGAGUCGACCAUCUAUGACGAAGUUGGUCCGGCAAUUGAGGCAGUCAUGAAGAAACAGAACGAUACUGAGAAAGAUGUGCGUGCUUUUGCCGAGAAGCUGGCACAAUUUGACUUGCAGGAGCUUCGAGAGCUCAGUGAGAAUGCCUUGCGAAUGAGAGAUGAGGUGCAAAAUUGCGUGAAUCGCUUGAACGUGCUCGACACACAAUGGAUGCAUGACAAGGAAGAGCUCCGGUCGAUUGUGGAUGGGAGCAGCCAGGACUUGAAAGACUUGAGAAAGUACAUCAUCGGAAAAAUUGAUGUUUGUAUUGAAGCGGAUGCAGAUGUUCAGCGGGACCAGCAGAUUCUGAAUGAACGCAUGCAACUGCUCGCUGAUGAUUUGCGGCUGCUGAUGGAAGAGCACCAGCGCCUGUCCAAUCGAACGCUUGGUGUGGUCGAGGACAAUGAGGAGAUGCGCAUCCUGCUUGGGCAGGUUCGAGAAGACAACCAACAUCUACGACACGACAACUUUCAGGUUAGCACGCGCGUGCUGAGCUUGGAAGGAACUGCGAGCGAAAGAUGGGUUGGGUUUGCGCCAGGCAUCCUCUACUUCCGCAAUUGGCACCGAACUGCCAAGGGGGAGGAUGUGCAGCUGUCUUCAGACUUGUCUACAGCUGUAGGUCGGGGCUUCCUGGCAGCCACGGGGGUGGUCAUUGGCAACGAUGAAGGUCUGGUUGUAGGCGAUGGUCCUUGCCGACACUUUGGCACACCAGGUUGCUUUUCUUCAUAUUACGAACUGGAGGUCGACGAGAUUACUGCAGCCCCUGCAGGGUCAGGUGGUCUCUACGUCGGGAUGUCACUGCAGAGUGGGGAGGAGAUCGCCAAUCACCCACGAAAAGAAUUUGAUGGUUGGCUGUUGGGAGGCAACCGCAAGGCAAUAACGGUGCGAGCAAGCGGCAGCCAACCAAGUGCAGAUGAGAAGCUUCCGGACACCUUUGCACCCAGCGCUGAUGAGCGUGAUGUCCGCGAUGCGCGGAAGGCCUUGAAACUACUUCGAGCCGCACUACCGCCGCUCGCAAAGGGCAAGGCAGAGGAGGUGGAGCUCAGAGACAAUUGGACCAGCGAGGGGCUGCGGAUGUGCGAUCGUGUUGGCGUGCUUUUCAGGUGCAAUCGUGAGGGUGGCGCAUUGAUGCGAAUCUCCGUCAACGGCACACUGGUGGCCACACACCACUUCGCAGAAGCACCUCCAGCAGAGGCCAUUGGCUUUUUGACACCAGUCGUCCGGCUAGCUGGCACCGGGAAAGCGGCCAAGCUAAUGCCUGGCGUGUCGCCUCCAUCGAAGCUCUUGGCAGAUGGGCUUGGAGGCUCGCGGUGACAGAGUGUCAUUUUGGCGAAGCGUCUCAUUUGGUCUCAUUUGGUCUCACAGAGCCGUUUCACAUGUUUCACACGUGGCAAUCCCAAAGUGGAUUCCGCGAAGCGCCAACAAGGAGCCCCAAGCGUAGGGAGCCCCGCCGGGAGCGGAGCCGCAACUUGCCCAGCGGAGCCCAAC